ACCGGAAGAAGAGGGGCGAGGCGACAUGGCGCGAUCGGUAAAGGCGGCGCUCGUCCUCUGCAUGGACGUGGGUUUCUCCAUGAGCGACUCAGCUCCCGGACUGCAGUCAUCCUUUGAAGAGGCCAAGAAGGUCAUCCGGAAGUUUGUCCAGCGGCAGGUGUUUGCAGAGAACAAGGAUGAGCUGGGCCUCGUCCUCUUUGGCAGCGACGGCACAAAGAACCCGUUGGCCGACGGCGGACAGUACCAGAACAUCUGUGUGCAUCGACACUUGAUGAUCCCCGACUUUGAGCUCCUCAAGGAGAUCCAGAAUGACGUGCAGCCCGGCAGCAAGCAGGCCGACUGGCUGGAUGCUCUCGUCGUUUGCAUGGACCUUUUGCAGAAGGAGACACUUGGCAAGAAGUACGAGCGGCUUAACAUCGCCAUGCUCACUGACUUGCAGUCUCCGGUCAGCGAUGACCAGCUGGACACCAUCAUCAGGAAUUUGAAGAGAGCUGGAAUCACCUUGCAGUUCUUUUUGCCCUUCCCUGUGGAUGUUGAGCAGAGUGGCAUGGGGGGUGAUGAAGCUGGGGGGGAUGGACCAGGUUCCAAACCUCUCCCACAUGGAGGAAAGGGGCUGACCAGAGAACAGCAGCAGGGACUGAAGUUGGUGCGGCAAAUCAUGACUUCGAUGGAGGAAGAGGAAGGCUUGGAGGAGGUCUACACCUUCAGUUCCGCCAUCGAGAGGCUCUCCAUCUUCAAGCGGAUUGAGCGGCGACCCAUGGCUUGGCCAUGCCAGCUGACCAUUGGCAGCGCCCUGUCAAUCCGCAUUGUGGGCUACAAAGCGGUGACAGAAGAGAGAAUCAAGAAGACCUGGACUGUUGUGGAUGCUCAGUCUCACAAGAGGGACGAUGUGAAGAGGGACACAGUUUACUGCCUGAACGAUGACAACGAGACCGAGGUGACCAAAGAUGACACCAUUCAGGGGUUCCGCUAUGGCAGCGACAUCGUGCCCUUUUCCAAGGUGGACCAGGAGCAGAUGAAGUACAAGUCUGAGGGAAAGAGCUUCGCUGUGCUGGGCUUCACAAAGCAGAGUCUGAUUCAGCGGCAUCAGUUCAUGGGCUCUCAGGUCGUCAAGGUGUUUGCUGCUAAAGAUGAUGAGCAUGCGGCCGUCGCUCUGUCGGCCCUCAUCCGGGCGCUGCACGAACUGGAGAUGGUGGCCAUUGUCCGCUACGCAUAUGACCGGCGCAGCAACCCGCAGGUGGGAGCUGCCUUCCCCUGCAUCAAGGAGAAGUACGAGUGUCUGCUGUACGUCCAGCUGCCCUUUGCGGAGGACCUCAGGUUCUUCAGCUUCCCAUCCUUGGAGAACAACAAGAAGUUUACUGCCUCUGCUGAGCAGCUAUCCGCAGUUGACUCCCUCAUCGACUCCAUGAUGCUGAUGGAGGAGGAUGGUGGAGAGCCACAGGACAUCUUCAAGGUCAAUCAUAUCCCCAACCCGCAAUUCCAAAGGCUCUUCCAGUGUUUGCAGCACCGGGCCCUAAACCCCAAUGCUCCUCUGCCUGCAAUGGAGCCCUGGCUUCAGGCGAUGCUAGAGCGCCCUCAGGUAGUCACAGCACGCUGCCGCACCCAGCUGCAGGAGGUCAGGAAGAGGUUUCCACUCACUGAGGUUGUACACAAAAAAGAGCAGAAGACCAGUGCAGAUGUGUUUGGGAAGGGGAAUGCCGAGGAGCCAGAGGCAAAAAAAUCACGAGAGGAUGAAGAGGACGAGUUCAGCGUUGCAGGCAUUGCUCAAGGCGUCACUGCGGUGGGCAGCGUGAACCCCGACAAGGACUUCCGUGCACUCGUCCGCCAGAAGAGCAUCCCCUUUGGCCAGGUCUGCCAGGAGCUCACCUGUCGCAUGGAGCAGCUACUCGGCACCAAGAACCCACACUACUACUCCAAGUGCAUCUGCAGUAUCCGUGCCUUCAGGGAGGAGUCGGUGAAGGUUGGAAACGCUGAAUUCUUCAACAGCUAUCUGCAGUCCUUGAAGAGAAGUGUUCCAGAUCGAGGCCUUCAGUAUUUCUGGGAUUCCCUGGUCCACGAUGGAGUUAUGCUGAUCAGUAAAGACGAAGUGGAAGGAAGCACCGUGACCAAAGAGGAGUCCAGUCAGUUCAUGACCACCGCGGAGAAGGUUGAGGCUGCUGCCCCAGUGGAUGAAGAGGACACUGGAGACGUGGACGACCUGCUCGACAUGAUGUGAAGAACAGCCUGGUGGCGCUACAGGGGCUAAAGGAGCGAAGGAUUUUGCUCACGGUUCAGUCGGUACAGAAAGUCAGUGGCGAAUCGCUGUCUUCAGACUGAGCCCUGCGGUUUAUUUUACAAAUGCUAUUCUGAGACUGUGGCUUUUAUACAUAAAAGACCAAAAAUAAAGCAUUUUUCAAUGA